AUGGGCAACGUCAUGGAGGGCAAGUCGGUGGAGGAGCUGAGCAGCACCGAAUGCCAUCAGUGGUACAAAAAGUUCAUGACAGAGUGCCCCUCUGGCCAGCUCACCCUCUACGAAUUCCGCCAGUUCUUUGGCCUCAAGAACCUGAGCCCCUCAGCCAGCCAGUAUGUGGAACAGAUGUUCGAGACUUUUGACUUCAACAAGGAUGGCUACAUUGACUUCAUGGAGUACGUGGCCGCGCUCAGCCUGGUCCUCAAGGGCAAGGUGGAACAGAAGUUACGCUGGUAUUUCAAGCUCUACGACGUCGAUGGCAACGGGUGCAUAGACAGGGACGAGCUGCUCACCAUCAUCCGGGCCAUCCGAACCAUUAAUCCCUGGAGCGACUCAUCCAUGAGCGCCGAGGAGUUCACAGAUACCGUGUUUGCCAAAAUCGACAUCAACGGGGAUGGGGAACUGUCUCUGGAGGAGUUCAUGGAAGGCGUCCAGAAGGACCAGAUGCUCCUGGACACGCUGACCCGAAGCCUGGACUUGACCCGCAUUGUGCGCAGACUCCAGAACGGUGAACAGGAGGAGGCCGGCGCUGGCGACCCUGCAGCAGAGGCUGCGGGCUGA